AUGCUUGACGAGCUAUACCCCAUUGACCCUGCUCUCAUUGGUCCUGCCCCCGGCUGUGACUCAACUUGCUAUCCUCUCAUUGAUCUUGACAACCCACCAGACGCACCAGACACUGUCUCUUCCGAAAGUUCUCUGUUCUCCCAAGAUGGACCUAGUGUGGCACCGAAUUGCUAUGCUUCCAAUAGCCCCACCAACUUCUCGGCGGCUUCGAACCUGUCUUGUCGGGCGCGGGCGGCAAGGAGUAAAAGCGACCCGGGAGAAAUUCGGGCAUGCCGCGAGAGCGCCGCAAAUCCCAACCAAACGUCGUGCAAGCGGGUUUCGAUGGCCGACAAAGAGGUUCUGCAUGUUGCUAGCGAUGGUAGGACAGCUAAGGCGGAUAAGCAUCGUCCUGCUCUAGGCUGUGAACUACACCUCACAGGUGGAAACCAGCUGGCAAACAACUCCGUGGAGCCGCCGUUACCGAAACGACGCAAAGCAGAUCGAUUGUCCAAGGAUGGCGAAGAGCGCGAUGAAGAAAGCGGAAGCCGCUGUUGUUCGGUAGAGAGUACGAUGUGGGUUGAGCCCCAUGCAUCGACGCCAGCGCUAAGCAUCCCCGAGUUGCCAGUUGUUGACACUGCGACUACCGAUUCUCAGGAUAAUGUUGGUAUGGCGGAGUUUGGAGAGUGGCCACUACAUAAUGUUUUGCUGAAACGUAUCACAUUAAACGGUGUAGCUACGUUUCAGUUGCAGUUUGACUGGAACCUAUGCGUAACACACAGUCAACUUAGCCGGGCAAUUCCCAAUAAGCCCGAUGGCUCAGAUCGUCCUAAGCGGGCAAUUGACGACUGCACAAGAAGAGCCAAAUUUACACCGGAUGAAGAUAAACUAAUCGCUGUGUUGAAGGAAGAGCAGCAGCUACCGUGGACAGAAAUUCACCGAAUUCACCAAGGACACAGUCGCCAAUUCCCUAAACGUUCAAAGGAGUCCCUGCAGGUUCGGUACUGCACAAAACUGAAGACUUGUCGGGGACCGAUAGUCCCCGAGAGUCCGUCAUCAUCAAGUCCAACAUAG